UAACCGACACACUGAGAGAAAAAGGGAGUCUGGAAAAAAGGGAGUACUGGAGCCAGUUUAGUAUUCGCUCAGAACUGUUGGAAGCAUUGGGCUGUGACAGUUACCAUUUCUCACACACGCAGACACCUCUUGACGACGUUCGUCUCAUUUCCCUUCCGCUAAUUUACUCUACCGUCUCUUCCAUUCCGAGUCGACGGCCGUGUUGACUUCAAUCUUGAGUCACAAAAAAAAAUCACACGUUCAGCACCUAGCAACAUGUCGACACAUUUUACCGUGGGAGUGGCCGAAGACACGAGGAUUUCCAGCAAGGUGUUGAAGCCUCCCGGUGGCGGAUCGAGCGACAUUUUCGGAACGGCUGAUCUGAAACCAGCGGCCGGUACGAAAUCGAGCCACUCUGAUCAUUUCAGCGCUGGUUCCGGUUUCGGUGGUGAUUUGAGCGACAUGGGCGUGAAGAGCUCGUCUAUCGAUUCGAACGAUGGCGCUUCUACCCCGUCGCAGACAUCGACGUCGAAUGGAUCGCCCAACAAUUCCGAGCCAAACACCCCGCGUUCAGGUACUCCGCUGCUUAACGGGCCAGUUGCCUACGCUAACCAGCAGCCUUUACCUACACCGGUUGGCCGUCAGCAAGGAAACCGUGCGCGAGGUAAUCCAGUGACGGGCGAAGGAUAUAGCGCUGAAACUGCCGAAAAGAAAGAAGAAACACCACGACGCGGUCGAGUCCCACCAGGAGGCUAUUCAUCUAAACUGUGGUAGACGUCGUUCUGAUUUGUGCUGAUUUCAAAAUCAGUUGAAAAGAUGGACCCCCUUCUCUUCCGCUCUGUUUUUUUUUUCUUUUCAUCUUUUCAUUUAGUAUUAUUAUUUUUUUUUUUUUCUAUUUUGUCUUCCUCCUUUAUGUUUGGAUCUGUUCCUGAGAUUGGCUUCCAAUUUUUUUUUUGGAGAAGUCAAAAUUUCACGAGAUGCAGGCUAAGAUAACGGUGUCGCCAAAAAAAAACAUUUCUUUUUAUAAUGGGAAAUUCACCUCCCCCUCCUUUGUCUGUGGGAAGCAAUCGAGAAGUAUGAGAAUGCCAAUGAGUCAUCAAUGUAGAACCUGUUGACAAUGCGACACCAUUGAGCGAUGGGUAAAAUACCGAUACGUUUGUCACGAGCAAUUGUCGGGACUUUUGCUUUAAAAAAAAUGGGAAAAUUAAAAAAUAAUGAUAAGGAAAUUUGGAAAUUGAGUGAGUCCGUGUUGCUUUUUCUCUGCGUGUUGGCUUAGCUUUUCAUUUGGCGCUGGCGACUCGUCUAAAAUAAUUCGGGACUAAAAUCAUUCCUCCCUUUUGAAUAAUUCCUUUAAAUUAAAAAAAUAAUAAAAUUAUAAUACGCAACUUAUUAUAAUCUCUUUCCAAUUUUCCUAAUAUAUUUUCCAUGCCUAUCGCUAUUUUGCCACACUAUAUGCCUCCAUUUUUUUCUCUUUUUAUUAACCUUCCCAAUAUUUUUUUUUUUUUUUUUUUUUUUUAUUCUCAAUUCGAUUUUGGCUUCAUAAUAUUUUUUUUCUCUCUGAUUUCCCUUCCCCGUGUGUCGUGUACGUUUUUUUUUUCUUUUUUGGCGUCGUGUGCCUUUAUCAAAUGAGUUAUUUUUUUUGGCCAUUUUCAAAUAGCUUGUAUGCAAAUUGAAACGGGAUGGAAAUACAAAUGAUUUCACUUAAAAGAA